GUGCGAGUUUAGAUCAUACCCAACAUAAAAAAACUUAGCUACCAGACACAUAUUUGGAAUAAAGAAUCAAAAGCCAUGUCACGGUUUCGAAGCUCACUCGCUUUGGUGCUGCCACUUCUGCUGGCAAUGCACGGCACCGCCAAUGCCAGCUAUCAAGGCAACAUGUUCCUCAAUGGUCAAUAUCAAAACGAUAUUAAAGUGCAUCCCGAAACGCACUUCUCGGUGAAUCCGGCAUCGAAUGUGUUCCUGCACCAUGCGGUGAUUAGCAGGCAAGCGGCACCGUUCCAGGCACCCACAUAUCUGCCGCCGCUGGAGCAGCUCAGGUGCACCAAUGGACAGCAGUGUGUGCGUCUGGAUCAGUGCCAGAAUGGCUACUUCAGCCAGCAGCUGCCCAAGAUUCAGAACUGCAAUCCUGAAUCAAACAUUUGCUGCACCUAUCGCCCAGUGCCAACCACCACAACAACCCGGAGAACGACCACAACAACCACACCUGUUCCGUUUGCCACCUGUCCACGUGAUUCGGAUUGUGUGUCGUCACAAGAUUGCCGCAAUGGUGAAAUCAGCGCCGUCAACUAUGUCAAAAAGCAGGGGCCAAAUCGCUGCUAUGCACCAGAGAUUUGCUGCCGCAUGCCAUCGACAACGCUGACUGAGGAUGGCUACAUAUUCAAUCUGCCCGAGAAGACCUUCCCGCUGCCCACGAAUCCCACAGUGCCCGCUGUGCGCACCACCCAGCCGGCCUAUCGUCCACAACCGACUGAAUAUUUGCCCCCGUCGACCACUCGUCGUCCCGUUGUCGAAUAUUUGCCACCACAGACCACUCGUCGUCCCGUUGCCGAAUAUUUGCCACCACAGACCACUCGUCGUCCCACCUAUCAGCCGCAGCCAACGCAGUCGCGUGCCACCCAACCGCCACGCCCACAGCCGACACAGCCGGCCUACCGCCCACAGCCCACACAGCCAGCCUACCGUCCACAGCCCACACAGCCCGCUCCAACGAGGCCCGCAUACCGCCCAUUGCCCACGGCAGCGCCGACACGUCGCCCCACCAACGAAUACCUGCCGCCCGUCUCAUCCAACGAGAUUCCGCACCGCGAACCGCGCCCCACACAGCCACAACGUUACGAGCCGGACCGUGUGCCACAGCCAUCGAAUGAGAAGCCCGUGUAUCGCGGAGAGGAUCAGCUUUCGCCGCAAAUCUUCCCCACACCGCAAGCCGCCGAGCUGCCCAAGCAUUUCGCCAAGUGCGCCUCAGCGCUCGUCUGCACCACGGAGAACUAUUGCAACGCCAUCGGUGUGCUAAGCGACACGCCCAUCCAGUUGACCCCCAUGGAGGCUGCCUUCCGUGUGCCACUCACCGAUUGCCUAGUGGCCGAGAGCGGCGUUCCCGGCAAGUGCUGUCGCGAUCCCAACUACGUCGAUCCCUGGCCCGUCAAUCUCGCUGGCGUCUGCGCCACACGCAACACACGCACCAAGCCCACUGGCGUUAAGGAAAUUGAUGCCAACUUUGCUGAAAUCCCAUGGCAAGCAAUGAUUCUGCGCGAGUCGAGCAAGACUCUGCUUUGCGGUGGCGCCAUCAUUGGCGACGAAUUCGUGAUCACCACGGCUAGCUGUGUGAAUGGUGUGCCCGUUAACGAUGUGCGCAUCAAGGCCGGCGAAUGGGAGCUGGGCAGCACCAAUGAGCCAUUGCCGUUCCAGCUGGUGGGUGCCAAGACCAUUGAUAUCCAUCCCUCGUACAAUCCGUCGACACAUGCCAAUGAUUUGGCCAUCAUACGCUUGGACAAACGUUUCGAGUUCGCCACCCACAUUCAGCCCAUCUGCAUCAGCGAUGAGGAUCCAGGCGCAUCGGAGCACUGUGUGACCACCGGCUGGGGCAAGCAGGCCCUCUCAAUUCACGAGGAAGGCGCCAUUAUGCAUGUGACCGAUGCCUCAGCACAGGCGCGCAGCGAUUGUGGUGCUGAUGGAACGAGCGUGUGCAGUGCCACCAAAUUCGAUUCGUGUGAAUUCGAUGUGGGCAGCGCGCUAGCCUGCGGCAGCGGCUCCAAUGUCCGGCUCAAGGGUGUCUACAGCGCCGAGUCCAAUUGCGGCGAGAAUCAAUCGGUCCGCUUCUCCAAGCCCGACGUCAAAUGGAUUAAUCAGGCAUUUGCUGAGCGCAGCAAGCCGCUGCUUCUCAAGCGCUUCUAAAGCGUUCUGAUUUGGCCAACCAUUCGAAGAAGUAGAUGAAGAAGAUGCAGAAGCAGAAGAAGAAUCCGAAUCAGAUGAUUAAGAUGAUCAUAAUGAGGAAUCCAUUCAGGCGACAGCUCAACUGUUGCAAUGACAUUUUUUUUGUUUAGUUGAACUAUUUGUAAUGUAGCCAACUAUGUCCUGCUGUUAAAACUCUUUCAACCACUUCUCUCCUAAAGCACCAUUAGCAGCAGAACACCACCACCCCACUCUCAUUCAUGCAUGCCCGAAGAACUUUCUAAUUUAUUCACGACAAGAGCCAUUUUUUCGACCUGACUACUUUAUUUGAAAUGCCAGAAAAUUCUGUUUUUGAAUCUAUUUUAAUUUUAGUUCAAAUAAGUGAAGGGAACAUUUUUCCACUGUUCUAUUUUAAUGGUACUUCUCUAUACCAACAAGUUGUAAAAUAUAUAUUUAAUUGUAAGUUUAGGUUCUACGGACAAGCUCAAUGAAUUGCGAACGAAAAACGUUACAAUAAUAUCCAUGCACAAAAUAUUCCACAAAACAAAAACAAUGACGAUAUGCCCCUCCCCAUUCAGACAAAUUGAGAUUAUACAAAUAUAGUUUUUUUUGAUUGUUUUUCUACCUAGGUUAAGCGAUCAUUUCCCCCCUUAUAGCCGUGCACCUUUUCACACAUAAGAGCACCAGAUCCCGAGAUUUGCCGUUAUUUAAAACUUUUCCUAUAUCGUAAAUCGUAUAUAUGUAUAUGUAAUAUGUUAAACAUGUUGUAUAAAGUGUCUAUGAAUCUAAAUUUAGCUUCUUAUUUAAUUAUUAAAUAAAGAAAAAUUAUUUAGAUAUAUAUAUCUGAUGUAAA